GACGAUGACAUCACCAUGUGCAAAAUGAAAGGAAAAUCAGAGGAGGAAUGUCAGAAUUACAUCCGAGUUUUGGCAAGAAAAUCAGAGGAUAAAAUACUUGUUUGUGGAACAAAUGCCUUUAAGCCUCUUUGCCGUCAAUAUCAAUUAGAUGCUGAUUACUCCAUUGCAAAGGAAUCCUCUGGGGAAGGCGUGUGUCCGUAUGAUCCAACUCAUAACACCACAGCCAUAUUUGCAGAUGGCGAUCUGUAUGUCGCAACUGUAGCCCAAUUCACUGGAGCUGAUCCUUUGAUAUAUCGAGAGCCAUUGAGGACGGAACAGUUUAACUGGAAGCACCUAAAUGCACCCAAUUUUGUUAGUUCUGUGCACCACGAUGAAUUUGUUUACUUUUUCUUUCGUGAAACUGCAGUAGAGUACAUCAACUGUGGAAAGACUGUGUACUCUAGAGUAGCAAGAGUUUGCACUAAAGACAAAGGGGGACCACACAAAUUUCGAAACAGAUGGACUUCAUUUUUGAAAGCCAGAUUAAACUGUUCUAUGCCUGGAGAAUUUCCAUUUUAUUUUAAUGAAAUUCAAUCAACGACAAAUGUAGUUACUGGAAAGUAUGGUGGCAAAGAGGCUCAAUUAAUAUAUGCUGUAUUUACCACUCCACCGAACAGCAUCAGUGGCUCUGCAGUAUGUGCCUUCAGCCUGGAAGAUGUCCUCCUUGCUUUCAAUGGCCCGUUUAAGGGUCAAGAUGACAUCAAUGCCAACUGGCUUCCAGUGGCUAGCACUAAAGUGCCGGAGCCUCGUCCAGGGCAGUGUGUAAAUGAUUCCAGAACAUUGCCAGAAGUAACUGUAAACUUCAUUGAGGGAAAUAGCUUAAUGGAUAGAGCAGUUCCUUCUUUCUGGAAUCAUCCAGUAGCCUUACAUGCUGUUUUUCAGUAUCGUUUCACACAGAUAGCAGUUGAUCCGCAGAUACAAACAGCAGAUGAAAAGCAUUAUGAUGUAUUAUAUGUAGGAACUGAUAAUGGGAAAGUUCUGAAGUGCAUCAAUGCUGGUAGUGACUCCACACAUGGAAAAGUAAUUCCUAUUGUUAUUGAGGAAUUCCAAGUUUUCCAGCAUCAGCCCAUCACCAAUCUAAUGGUGUACCACACUCCCUAUGAAGCAAAACUUGUUGUUGUAUCUCGUGAAGAAAUAAAAACUGUUCCAUUAUACAGCUGUGAUCUUUAUGCCAAAACUUGUGGUGAAUGUAUAGCCCUCCAAGAUCCUUAUUGUGCUUGGGACAAAUCUCGAGGUGUCUGCACCAGCUCAAGAACAAGGUAAGUUUCUUUAAGGUUGUGGAAAAGAGAUAUGUUUGUCCAAAAUGUAGAGGAAGGCUUUGAUUCAAGAUGUCGUGAAGGACGAUCAUCCUCUGGUGGGACAACACCCCAACGUUCCCCGCACCAUUCAGCUAGUCGUCAUGACACCCCUUCGGGUGGUGGCUCUCCCCCUUCUUCCUCCUCCACUACUGAGACAGAAGACGAACUCAAUGAAGGUGGCAGCGCGGGGGCAUCCAGAGGCCACCAGUACAUGUACACUGCAGAAACACUGGCCAUUGCAGUCACGACGAGCAUUGUGUCCUCCCUAGUGGUUGGAUUCAUCAGUGGCUACAUCUUCAGUCGAAGGUGCAAGUCAGAGGAGGUGGACUCCCCUUAUGACGAUGCCCACUAUUUGGAGCAACGUGGCAGCUGUGACACCCCACAUCUCAACCACACAGAAGGGUUUCUAUCCCCCACCACCAACAAGCCCAUCAACCUCGUCCUCAAUGUACCUCCAAAAAACGGGAAUGGCAAGAGCGCCAACAGCUCUGCCGAUAACAGACCUGUUGUGAAAGUGAAGAAGAUAUACUUAUAGUUGCCCAGUCGGCAUCGCUACCGGUCGUCCAACAUUCCACGAACUCAUGGUGAUGUUCACUAGGCAGUUCUUUCUCGGCAGCAUGGCAUGUGUAUAGAGAAGGUACAGAAGCAUUAGUCAUCGGCAAUAUAGUGGCCUGCUUGGCCCUUUUCCACUGUUGAGUGGUAAAAGGUUUUGUUUUCAUAAUUUGGUGUCCCCACUUGGGCUGAAAUUUAAAAUUGUUCCUCAUCAUCAAACAUCUCCAAACUCGUUGCCGGAGACAGACCAGCCUAAGGCAAGA